GGUUAAAGCUAUGAAUUUGCUGAAUUUGCUGCGUUCCUUGAAUUCAUGUUUCUCGCCGGCCGCGCAGCUUCUGCUUAGUGUUUGGUGUCGCCGGCCGCCGAGAGAGAGAGACACAUGUUUGGGAAGGGGUUAAGCUAUACUUACUUUUUCUUGAACAUGUGGGACCUUCUAUUUUACCACACUAAUUUCACACUCCUUAAUCUCCGUGCCCAAAAGAAAGGGGACAACAUUAUUGGGAUGGAGGGAGUAUAUCAGAUACGAUUUGGUGAUUGGAGAAAUUAUUAGGGAAUGUCGUAAACAAAUUUUUGGCUCCGGAAUGCGCUUCCUAAAUCAUGACUGUGUUAUAGUUAGUUUUCACAAAGUUUGGGUCUCAUCUCUCAUCAACUGCAUUACAAAAAUGGAUCUUUUCAGCAGUGGAAGAAAAAUUUAAGCUUAUUAAUCGCAUGAAGGAGAAAUUCCCUCCUCCUUUAUGCACUUGAAUGAGUUCCAGUUUGUACUCCACUGUAAUUCUUAGCACCUUGAACGCAUGUGCCUUGAGUUGCUAAGGAUUCCACGGGUAUGAUGCUGCACCGUUAAGAUUUUAGUAGUCUAUCUAACUCUUACAGGGUGGAAAAAACAUCAUUGAUUCUUGAGAUUCAUCUCACAUCCUGAGCAAUGUUGGUGUAGCCAUAUCUUCAUCAGAUGGAUGUUUCUUUUCACAAUUGUAUGACUUGGCUCCUGGGGUUACUAAUUGUUUGAUUGAAAAGGAGGAGUUCUAGGUGCCUGGUCCAGAACCGCUGCUUGCCGGCCGCUGUGUCGCAGUCGCCCACUCCUAUUCUCACUUCAACUAAUAAAGGCCCAAAAACCAAGUCCAGCCUGGUUUUCCAUGACUCUGCAACACACCCCCACCAGCCUACGAUAGCAGUCUGCCUUCAACCUCGGUGUAAGGUGUAAACCAAACCAAAGCUAGGAAACCUAACUAUGAGCGCGGAGAGUCUACCAUGUACGGAGGCUAACGUGCUCCAGGGGCACGAAGGGGCGGUUCUGGCGGCGCGCUUCAACUCCAACGGUGAGUAUUGCCUUAGCUGCGGCAAAGACCGCACAAUACGCCUUUGGAAUCCCCACCGUGGAUUGCACAUCAAGACCUACAAAUCGCACGGCCGUGAAGUCCGCGAUGUCCACGUCACAGCGGAUAAUUCGAAGCUGUGUUCGUGCGGAGGCGAUCGGCAAGUGUUCUAUUGGGAUGUGGCGACAGGUCGUGUUAUUCGGAAAUUUCGCGGUCAUGAUAGUGAGGUGAAUGCUGUGAAGUUCAACGAGUAUGCAUCAGUGGUUGUCUCAGCUGGCUAUGACCGUUCAGUGCGUGCUUGGGAUUGUCGAUCUCAGAGUACCGAGCCUAUUCAGAUUAUUGACAGCUUUGCAGACAGUGUCAUGUCUGUUUGCUUAACAAAGACUGAGAUAAUUGCUGGAAGUGUUGAUGGGACUGUUAGAACAUUUGAUAUGCGAAUUGGUAGAGAAAUAUCUGAUGAUCUUGGGCACCCCGUGAACUGUAUUUCCCUGUCAAAUGAUGGCAACUGUGUAUUAGCCAAUUGUCUUGAUUCUACUUUGAGGCUUUUGGACAGAUCAACCGGUGAAUCAUUGCAAGAAUAUAAAGGCCAUACUUGCAAGUCAUUCAAGAUGGACAGCUGCCUAACAAACUCAGACGCUUAUGUGGCCGGUGGUUCAGAAGAUGGUUAUAUUUACUUUUGGGAUCUUGUAGAUGCACAAGUGGUGUCUAGUUUCCGAGCUCAUUCAUCAGUGGUAACCAGCGUGAGUUAUCAUCCGAAAGACGAUUGCAUGAUUAGUGGCUCGGUUGAUGGCAUGAUUCGGGUUUGGAAAACCUGAAAAGAGGGAGCCUGGGAGUAGGAGGCAUUGAGCAAUGUCAAUUUGUCAUUGCUUUGUUUCAGGAACCCUUACUGAAGAAAAUGGCUUUUGAGUUAUGAAAAGUGAAAACUGAGGAGGAGAGCCAUGUACAAUACAGAGGCUAUAAUUCUGCAUAUAUUGAUCGAUGCAGAAGCAGUUUCAUACCAUGCUUGUCUUAAAUCUAAUAGCACGUAUUGUCUGAACCGUUUUUAUUCGUAUUUUUUUGGCGCUUUGCCUACUUUUGAA